AUGGUCAUUUUUAGGAUAUAUUGGAAAAAAAAAUUAGGUAAAAACAAUACAGGGCAUAUUAUAACAAGACACAGAAAAAAGGGAACAUCAAAAUUUUAUAUACCGACCGAUGUAAACUAUUUUAACCAUUUUACGGGUUUAGAUUGUUAUUUUAUGUUGUAUGAUGUUGAAUUUUUAUACGAGUAUAAAAGUUCCGCUAUUAUAAAAUGUGUGAAUUUACACGGAGGCAAAAAAGGCGAAAUUAGGUAUAUCCUAAAACCUUAUACAAAAACUUCUAAAAAUUUUGUUAUGUUCUUUGGGGCUUCGGGGAAGGAUUAUGGGGACGUUAAUAUUUUACAAAAUUACACUAUAGGCGACAAAAUCUACAACAUAGAAAAAAAACCAACUACCAAAGCCACCAUGUGCUUAGCGGUUAAAAGUUUUUCUAUUAUAAUUAAAAUGUCAGGAAACACAAGUACGAUCAAACUACCCUCCAAUUCCUUGAAAGUUUUAGAAAAUGCUUGUUAUGUUUCUUACGGGUUUUCAGACCCACUAUUUGGACUAUCCAAAACUAAAGCCGGAGAUAAUAAAAUAAUAGGUAGAAGACCCAAAGUCAGAGGAGCAGCAAUGAAUGCCUGUGACCACUCCCACGGAGGGGGAGAAGGUAAAACUCCAAUUGGUAAAAAAUUCCCUCACUCUUUUGUCGGUAAAAAAUUUAAAGGUAUUAAAACUGUGAAAAACAAAAAUGACCAUAACAUCUAA